CGUAGCGGCGCAGAAAGCGGCGGACCGGACCCAGACUGUGUCGCUCCGUGCUCGGAUCUGUGCAUGGCGUGUUAACCUUCAGAUGAGUCGCCGUUCGUCGCCUUAAAGCGGAUAUUUUCACUUUUUUGUUGUUGUUGCCGGAGUCCCAGACACAAGCUGCACCAUGAAGUACAAAAACCUGAUGGCCAAGGCGUUGUACGACAACAUGCCCGAGUCCCCCGAGGAGCUGGCCUUCCGGAAAGGGGACAUCCUGACCGUGAUUGAGCAGAACACUGGCGGCCUGGAGGGCUGGUGGCUCUGCUCCCUGCAUGGCCGCCAAGGCAUCGCCCCCGGCAACCGCCUGAAGCUGCUCAUCGGACCAAUGUUCGAGGCUCAGUCGUCGGCCGCCGCCGCCGCCCAGUCUCCUCCUCAGAGCUACCAGCAGAAGGCCGGCUCAGGGGCUCCGGGGCUUUACCAGAUGCCUUCGUCCCUGCAGAGUCCACAGCAGCAGCAGCAGCAGCAGCAGCAGAGCAUCUACCAGGUUCCUCCAGGACAGGAAGUCUACCAGGUCCCACCGAGGAGCACUCUGGCUGCAGAUAAAACACCCAGCAAGGUGAGACAGGAAGUCGGCAAGGCAGGAGACUCUACGUUUCGCCAGAGCUAGAAAUAAUAACUAUUUUCAGUAUCUGGUAAUCUGUCAGUUCAUUUUUGAUUAAUUCAGUCCAGGGCUGAGAAACCACCCACCACGGAGAGCCAAUAAUUUGCAGGUUUUCAUUUCAACCGGCUGAUUUCACUGAUCCUUAAAGUAGAGGGAGGAACUCAUCAGUGAAACCACCUGCUGAAGUGAUUGGUGGGAAGGAACACCUCUGGACUGCUGCUUCCUGGGCCACCAAAUACCACAUU